UCCUUCCUGUAAACUCAACAGGACAACCUGCUGUGGAGGCAUUACCAUCUCAUCCUGAGGGCAGUUCAUCAUUGCCUGUUAAUUGCUGGUCUGAACUUCACUGAUUAUGGGUUUCCCUUGCCUGAGGUACUUUGUCAGGACCACAUCACUGACAUUUUUCAUCUUUACAGUUGUGUUGCUGGUUUUGCUCAAUCUCAGAUGGUGCCUCCUGAGAUACUGUCAACAUAGUUUACAACGCCCCCUCAGCAGAGACACAGAUUCUCAGAAGGAGCUGCUCUUGGACCAAAACAAGACAUACCACAUGACUUCUGAAGAUUUUAACACUCAGCAAAGCAGGCCGCAAAGCGUCCUUGACAGAAGCCUAGAACGAGAGAUGAAAAGACGGAGAGAAAUCUUGGACAGUACUUGCAAGAGACUCCAUUUCAAACGCAAAGCAAAGCACUAUACUGCCUCUUUCUUUGACAAUGUCUUAGUCCUCGAUCCAUACAAGCUACUCUUCAGUUUCAUCCCCAAGGUGUCUUCCUCAUCCUGGAAGCAGGUCCUUGGUGACUUGAUGGUUAGAGCAAACGCUUCCAAACUAUUCACCACCCUGGACAAGUACUCGACUGAGGAGAGAGAUAUGAGGCUUGAAACGUACAAGAAGGCCGUGUUUGUCCGGGAACCUAUAAACCGCUUGCUGUCUGCCUGGAUGAGUAAAUUCCGCGAUGAUCCCAAGGACCAGGAGAGAUGGGAGAAGUAUUUUGGCCAAAAGAUUGUCAAGCGGUACCGCAAAUCCCCCCCGCAAUCGUCCAAAUGGCUCAACAUCACCUUCAUGGAGUUUGCGCAAUUUGUGACAGAUUACGGCCCCAGCUGCGAAAUUGACACCAUCACCAACCACUUUGUGCCCCAGAAUGAGAUCUGCCACCCUUGUCACAUCAAUUACCAAUUCAUUGGUCACUUUGAGAACCUAGUCGUGGAAGGCCCCUACUUUCUUCGCUGGAUCUCGGCUGACCAUCUGGUCAGUUUCCCCCGCUUUCAACCGUCCGCUGCUGGUCGCUCUCUCAAAGAUGAGCUUGCUGUUCUACCACUAAGGAUACUGGACGGCCUUUCAAAGCUCUACAAAAGGGACUAUGAGAUGUUUGGAUACUCUGUUGAAAAAACGCUAGAUCAUGCUGUGAGUAAGUGAGGAUGUGGCUAGAUGCUUAAACCUGAGAUCAUUCCAUAAUUACCGCUGCAAUUGGACAAAAUCUGAAUAUAUGACGAGGCGUAGUUGCACAUCAGGUCCAUGAAUGUCAGCCGUCGGUAUCUGGAAUCACUUUCAGUUUAUAGGUUUGAGUAAUCACAGCUAACUACAAGUUACUCAGUAAAGAAGCAAAGAAAAGGAACAACUUUGGUUUGACAAAUUCAAACUAACAAUCGGGCUGCAUGGAAUGCUAAAACAGAUUUCAUCUUAAUGAGUAUUCAGAGAAAGAGAGAACUGAUUUUCACACAUGUUUAAUUUCAUGCAUCAAAUUCCACUAAUGAAAGAGUUUUACUGCAUCAACGAUGUUCUGGUGCACAAUUACUACAAUCCCAUGUUUAUGCCUUCAAGAAAGAUUCAGCAAGAAACAACACAUGAUGCCUUCCUAAAAUUUUAGCCCCUACUUUUCACCCUUAAACCCGACAAGUUGGUAAUAUACCUUCAAAGUUGGUAACACAGCAAGCCGUGGUGAUGAAAAGGACAUCUGG